AUGUGUGUUGAUUGUAGAGCUAUAAAUAACAUCACUGUUCGCUAUCGCCAUCCUAUCCCAUAUUUAGAUGACAUCCUUGAUGAAUUAAGUGGUUCCACCAUAUUCACUAAAACUGAUUUGAGAAGUGGAUACCAUCAGAUAAGAAUGAAAACAGGGGAUGAAUGGAAAACUGCAUUUAAAACAAAAUUUGGGCUGUAUGAAUGGUUAGUUAUGCCUUUUGGUUUGACUAAUGCUCCUAGUACUUUCAUAAAAUUAAUGAACCAUGUCUUGAGAGCUUUCAUUGGCUUUGUUGUUUCAAGAAAUGUCAUAGAAGUGGAUGAAAGCAAGGUGAAAGCCAUCAAGGAUUGGCCAACUCCAACAAAUUUCUUGAAAGGACAAGCAAAACUGAACCGUUGUCAUGCCAAAUGGGUUGAGUUCAUCGAAACAUUUCCAUACAUUGUGAAAUAUAAGAAAGGUAAGGACAAUGUUGUUGCUAAUGCUCUGUCACAAAAGAGUGUGUUGCUAAACCAACUUAAGGUAAAGGUUUUGGGACUUGAAAGUUUGGAAGAACUGUACAGUAAUGACCCUGAAUUUUCAGAACCAUAUAAUCAUUGUAAAAAUGGAAAAGGUUGGGAAAAGUAUCAUAUACAUGAUGGAUUUUUGUUUAGAGCUAACAAAAUCUGUGUUCCAAAUUUUUCGGUUAGAUUGUUUUUGUUGCAGGAGUCUCAGGGGGGAGGAUUGAUAGGCCAUUUUGGACAAAGGAAAACCUAUGAGCUGCUAGAAGAUCAUUUUUAUUGGCCCAAGAUGAGAAGAGAUGUCAUCAGAUUCGUGGACCGAUGCGUCACCUGUCACAAAUCUAAGUCUAAACUGAACCCUCAUGCGAGGGAAAAGGGAAACAGACGGAGCCUGAUGCAGUUCUGCAUGACGUCCUUGAUGACGAUGGUGUCGCACAGCUCAAGGAAGUUCUAA